UACGUGAACUUGUUGCAACAAGCAGGCGAGGGAGAUGUAAAUAGGGGAUUGCUUCAUAACCAGAUAACGGUCUUACAGCAAACUGUAGCACCGGACGCAGCAACCAGAAAUAUUCCCUCAGUCAUGGAACCCUGGGGUCAGCUUGUGUGUACAACUGACACGGAGACACCGCCCAUUGAACUGGACAAGGAGAAGUUCACCAUUGGACGAGCUGAAGGGAAUGACAUCUUCCUGGCUGGCAACAAGCUUGUGUCUGGAGUCCACUGCUAUAUUGAGAAAGAUGCAUCAGGAAAAGUGUGGCUGUAUGAUAGCAGCACCAAUGGCACCCUGCUGAACAUGACCCAUAAGCUGACCAAAGGGGAGUGUCGACAGCUACAGCAUGGAGAUGAGUUCCACGUCGUGUACAAGAAGAACAACGAAGAACUCAAUAUCGGGUACCUGUAUCAGGAUCUCCAGGAACUUGCCAGGGAGGAACAAGAAGAACUGGAGGGCACCGAAGAAUACCACCACCAUCCAAAUCCUGAUGCCACACUAGAGGACAAUGAGUUAAACAUGGUGGACUCACCCGAGUCCAAGAAGAGACCUCACCCAUCAGAUGAGACCAUUGUAGAGCCUUCUCUGAAGAAACACAAAUCUAGUGAACCUCCAACUGCCAAUAGCACUCCACCACCCACUUCUGCCACUGACAAGGACCAAGGUGAAGACAAGAAGGUUGAAGAAACACCAAUUAAAGAUGGAGAGAAAGAGGAAAAGAAGAGUGAAGAGAAAAUCUCUGCUGAAGAGACGAGUAAAGCAGCGAAGGAUGCACCAGACGAAGCAGAUGCAAUGGCAGAGACUCUUAUGUGCAUCAUUUGUCAGGAGCUCCUGCAUGACUGCAUCAGCCUCCAGCCGUGCAUGCACUCCUUCUGUUCUGGAUGCUACUCGGAGUGGAUGGACAGAUCCAACGAAUGUCCUUCUUGUCGGUUAAAGGUCGAGCGAAUCAACAAGAAUCACAUCGUCAACAACUUGGUUGAAGCCUAUUUGAAAGAACACCCAGAAAAAUCGAAAGCAGAAGAAGACAUCAAGGACCUUGAUGCUAAAAACAAGAUCACCAGGGACAUGUUAUACCCCAAAACGAAACAUCACAGGGAUGAGGAGGAGUCUAGUGAAUACUCGGAUGAAGAUGACAAUGAUGAAUCAAGUCCUCCAAUGGCCUUACCGGUUCCUGCACCUGUAGCUGGUACUGUGUUUGGCUUAGGGAAUCCAUUCUUUGGAACAGCCAGACCACCUAAGACAGUGUGUCGACAGUGUGCUGAAUACAAAGAACCAGCUGGAGGCACAGGACUUUUCGGAGGCAUCCAAACAGCGAUAACCACUGUCAAGAAUGUUGUCACCGGGGCAGCAGGGGGCGCCACAGCAGGGGGAGAUAACCCUGGCCCAUCAGGGGCAACUGCUGCUGCAACUGAUGGUGCAGGACCGUCAACGGGAGAGGAUGGGGAUGGGACCGAACCAGACGUGAAGGUGAUGCCGACUCCCCCGCAGUUCAACUGUGCUGUCAAUCAGAACCACAUCCUGUGUGCCUGCUGUGUACAGCCGAUGCCAGACCGCCGCGCGGAGAGAGUUCACAAUCCAGCUAUCCCGGCACAACAGUGUAUUGUUAUGAAGUGUAUAUGUAUUGGUUUCACAGAUAUGAACUUUGGGAAGAAGUGUCUGACAAACCUCAUCCUUGACAACACAUCAGAGUCAACAAUAUUCAAGGACUAUUUAGAAGCCAACAACAUCUCAGUUCGAGAUGUUUUGAAAGACAGCUUAGCCAAACUUGAGGCAGGACAAUACAAAUGUUUUGAUCAAAUGAGGGGAGCUGUGAAUGGUGAGACAUAUUUCUGCUACAUGUGUGGAAUGCGGAACUUCAAAGACCUCGCCUACCAAUAUCGGAAGGAUAUACCAAAAGAAAAACUGCCAGAGGAAGUCCGUAGACGAUCUGAUUGUUACUGGGGAAAGAACUGUCGAACACAGCGCAACAAGCCACAUCACGCAGCAAACUUCAACCAUAUAUGUGACCAGACAAGAAACACCUAACAUACCACCUGCCCUGGCACAGACAUAUAGGUGUUCAUCAGAGGAGGGCCGACUAUGGCUGUGGGAUGCAAGGUCAUCUCUGUGUUUUAUGUGGCACAAUAUAUUUGUCAGUUGAUAUAGGAAACUGAUGCAUAAAUGAAGUUCAGGUAACCAAGGUAACAGCUGAGUCAGCUAAAUGCAACCCCAGGAUGCUGUGGUAUAAUAAGCCUUGUGAGUUGUACAUAUUGUUAUGUAUAGAGAGACUGUUAAGCAUAGUGACAAUGUUGGAGCACCCCUUUCAGAUGCAAAUCACAGUGGGGAAUCCUGGACAGAACCGGUUCAGUGUAACAUGAUUGUUGUAAGAGUUGUCCAACUUGGAUGGGGAGGUCACGUGAAAUUGCGGGUUGACUUUUUUGCUUAAUGGAAAGAUCUAAAAGUUUGAGAGUGGAAAGUAACCUGGUCUGUCUCUCCACAAAUGUGUUCAUGAACUUGUUUAAUCCUUACCAAGUCUGAUCAGAUGCAGUAUCUCACACGGCAGCCAUGUUGAAUGCUGUAAUAUGGGUAGUAGGGUUAUCAGGCAAUUCUAAUGUCAUGAAACACUGUUUGUACUUAUCAACCAAUAAAUUCCUACUAAUUUAUUAAA